CAGCGAGGGUCUGCCCGGGGGGUCGAUCCGCUCGGGGCUCUGUGUGGGGGUCUGGGGACCGGGCGCGGUGGGUCGGUGUCUGGGGUUGGGCUCCGCUGAGGGGCGGCAGGAUUGGGCCAGGCACUGGGUGCAGAGCUGGGGUGGUGCAUUGGGCUUGGGAUUAUUGUGAGGAGUUGCGUUGUGGGAGGAGGGGAGAAUCUUUCAUUUAGUGGUUUGGGGGGGGUUGUAUUGGGGGCAGAUCUAAUUUGCGGGGAAUUAGCUUUUAAUUUCUGGUUUGGGGGAGCUGCACUGCGUCAGAUAUAGAUUUUGGGUGGGCUUGAUUAUUUUUUUUUUUAGGUGCUCCAGAGCAACCUGGGCUGUGUGAAAUGACUAGGUGAUUUUAGCCCUUUUGGAGGGGUUGGAUUUAUUGUAGUAGAUUCUGAAGGAGGGUUGCACUUGAUUUAUAUUUUGCAUUCCCUCCCCCCACACACUAAGUGGAUUUCUUAGGUUUGGAGGGCUGGAUUGGUUUUGGUGACUUACAGUUUUGGGGGGACAGUUGCAGUUUGCAUUUUGGGGGUGUUGCUCUCGGCAAGGCCGAGAGUGGGUUGCGGUGGGUGGACUCUGGAUUUUUCCCCCCCAGUGUGGGUAAAUUUUUCUCCAGCGUCGCUGAUGCCAGAACAAGGCCCCAGAAUGAACGGUUUCUCUCUGGGCGAGCUGUGCUGGCUGUUCUGCUGCCCACCUUGCCCUAGCCGCAUUGCUGCCAAGUUGGCUUUCUUGCCCCCGGAGCCCACAUAUACAGUGUUACAGCCUGAGCAGCAGCAAGAGGCUGGGGCUGCAGCAGCAGGGUCUGGGACCCCAACAGGAACAGGCAGCUGCAGUCUGCACUUGAGUGAGCGGGCGGACUGGCAGUAUUCACAGCGAGAGUUGGAUGCUGUCGAGGUUUUCUUUUCUCGCACAUCUCGGGAUAACAGGCUGGGGUGCAUGUUUGUACGCUGUGCCCCGGCCAGCCGGUAUACGCUGCUCUUCUCGCAUGGCAAUGCUGUGGAUCUGGGCCAGAUGUGCAGCUUCUACAUCGGCCUUGGCUCUCGCAUCAACUGCAACGUCUUCUCCUACGACUACUCUGGCUACGGGGUGAGCUCAGGCAAACCCUCUGAGAAAAACCUGUAUGCAGACAUAGAUGCAGCCUGGCAGGCCCUCAGGACAAGGUAUGGUGUGAGUCCUGAGAACAUAAUUCUGUAUGGUCAGAGUAUUGGAACUGUCCCGACAGUGGACCUGGCAUCUCGGUAUGAGUGUGCAGCUGUAAUCCUUCAUUCUCCUUUGAUGUCUGGAUUACGGGUAGCUUUUCCUGACACCAGGAAGACAUAUUGCUUUGAUGCUUUCCCAAGCAUUGACAAGAUAUCUAAAGUAACCUCUCCUGUGUUGGUAAUUCACGGUACUGAAGAUGAGGUAAUAGAUUUCUCCCAUGGCCUGGCAAUGUAUGAGCGAUGUCCACGUGCAGUGGAGCCUCUCUGGGUGGAAGGGGCUGGGCAUAACGACAUAGAGCUUUAUGCACAAUAUCUAGAAAGACUAAAACAGUUCAUAUCUCAUGAACUCCCCAACUCCUGAAGAACCCUACUUGAUUUUACCUCAGUUACUGUGAAUGGAAGAAAUUACCUGUUUUUGCACAUGCUUUAACUGGAUAGCUGUAAUAGCUUUAUACUAUGAAGAAAUACCUGUCUUUAGGGUGUUCUAAUCAACAUCUGAUGAAACUUGUCUUUUUAUAUCUGGAAAUUAUUCUACUAAUGCACACAAUAUGGUCAACUACUGUAAUUCCAAUGACUUUUAGUUUCAUUACUCUGGAGGACAAGGGGAUACUAGCUGAAUAUGGGGACACUUUUUAUCUAGUGGUAUAUUAAUAUUCUAAAAUCAGUUUUCUCUAUCUUCUGAUCAUUUAUAAUUCUGUCCUAUGAGACUUUUUUCCAGUGUUCUCAGUAUAUGGAACACAACUGUUAUGAACUGCAGCUUGUUCUUAACAAUCGAUUCAUGGGUUCGAUCUAAGGGAGUACUUUCUUUGUAAAUUUCUAGCUGUGGUAUUGUAACUGGCAAGUUAUUGUGAUGAGGUCUUUCCUCUUAGUGAUCUUUAUUUAAUUUACUGAUCUUCCCAAGUAAAUUAUUUAAGAUGGUCCUACUCUUUCCUGGGGGAAAAAAAAAAUUAACUAAUACAUGGGGCUAAAUUCUGUAGCAACCGCUCAGCCAUUUUCUGUAUAAAUAUAACUGGAAUAUUCUUAAGGAAAAACUGACUAAAUUGUUUUUGUUUAAUAAAAAUAAUGUAUAAAUUCAUUAAUAGAAAACUCCUUUUAAUAUUCAGAUGGUCUGAAUAAGAGCCAUAACAUUUCCUUCUGUAAAGCAUUCCUGUAGACUUUUUAAAAGUAUUGUACAUAUUUGAAUUUACAUUGUGCAUAGAUUCUUAAUUGGUAGUUUUAAUUUAAGUCUAAAUACAAUAAACAGCAAAAUUCUGGUUUGUAUAUGAUUGCAUACAUUUUGUUAAAAUAUGUUUUUAUCCCUAUAUUAUUUUGCUAUUAAAAUUUUAUAAGAUUUCCAGGGCAAAAAAUUAACAUUUUAUGUUUUGAUGAAUUUAUGUAACUAAAUUUUCAUUGAACGAAUCUUUUAGUUUAGAAGUAAUUUGAUUCUUUGACACUGGAAUCGCACAGAAUAUGCAUCAGAAAUGCAAGACACUUACAAUUGUUACACUACUACUAUAGGUCUGAUUUUUUCCAAAUUUAAAGGCCUUAAAUGUACUGUAAGCCUCAGAUUGUUGUAAAAAUUGAUUGCGGUUGAUUGCAGUUUGUGUACUGUUGCUAGAAUGCAACACAGUGGUUGUAAUGGAAUAAAGGAUGCAUGGAUUAGAGCAUA